AUGGCUCUCAUCGUCGACAAGCAUCGCCCGCGAUCUCUCGAGGCUCUGUCAUAUCACCAUGAGCUUUCAGAACGACUUCAAUCUCUCGCCCAAAGCGGCGACUUCCCUCAUCUCCUAGUCUAUGGCCCAUCAGGAGCUGGGAAGAAAACAAGAAUAGUGGCAACGCUGAAGGAGCUGUACGGCCCCGGCGUGGAGAAGAUCAAGAUCGACGCACGAGUGUUCCAGACGUCUAGCAACCGAAAGCUCGAGUUCAACAUUGUCGCCUCAAACUACCACUUGGAAAUCACACCAUCCGACGUAGGGCAAUACGAUCGAGUCGUUGUGCAAGAUCUUCUGAAAGAAGUAGCGCAGACGCAGCAGGUGGACCAGUCGGCGAAACAGCGAUUCAAGGUCGUCGUUAUCAAUGAAGCAGACCACCUAACGAGAGAUGCGCAGGCGGCACUUCGUCGGACAAUGGAAAAAUACUCUCCCAACCUGCGUCUGAUCCUGCUGGCCAAUUCAACAGCGAAUAUCAUUGCGCCAAUUCGUUCAAGAACACUGCUCGUCAGAGUUGCCGCUCCGACCCAUGCCGAAAUCUGUGACGUCCUUGCGCAAUCUGCAAAGAAAGAGAACUGGGAAGUUGUCAAAGGGCUCCACCAGCGGAUAGCUGAGGAGAGUGGAAGGAAUCUGCGCCGCGCGCUACUGAUGUACGAAGCGGUUCACGCUCAGAAUGAGAAAGUAACAGACAGCACACCAAUCCCGCCUGCAGACUGGGAAGCACUGGUUGGCCAGAUCGCCAAAGAGAUCAUCGAGGAACACACCCCGGCAAGGAUCUUGCAGACCCUUACGUUCAAGCUGCUGGGUCUCAUUGACGACGGGCUCAAAGGAGAGGUCAUAAAGUGGUCCGCGUUCUAUGAACACCGAAUCAAGACGGGUACAAAAGUUAUCUUUCACUUGGAAGCGUUUGUCGCAAAAUUCAUGCGCAUCUUGGAAAUGUACCUGAUGAGCAUGGACAUGUAA